AUGGCAUCACACCGCAUAUCCGCGCCUCCUUGGCUUUGGGGGUCCUACGCACCUGCCACUCAGCAUGGAAUACCCCCCCUGCUGCCCGUGCGCAAACCCAACAGUGGGGAAUACAGGCCAGUGCAGGACCUGAGAGAAGUCAAUAAGCAGGUGAUGGACAUAAAUCCAACCGUUCCUAACCCCUAUACUCUCUUGAGCGCCCUCAGCCCAGAAAAACAAUGGUAUACUGUUCUGGAUCUAAAAGAUGCUUUUUUCAGCCUACCACUAGCGCCUAAAAGUGAAGAGCUAUUUGCAUUCGAGUGGACAGAUCCAGACAGGGGCAUAAAUGGCCAACUCACUUGGACCAGACUGCCACAAGGAUUCAAAAACUCUCCGACCCUGUUCGACGAGGCUCUACACGAAGAUUUAAGUGAGUACAGACAACAACACCCUAAUAUAACUCUCCUACAGUAUGUUGAUGAUCUCUUAAUAGCUGCCGAGACACCCGAAGCCUGCAUCCAGGGAACCGAAGGUCUCCUGCGAACUCUGGGAACCUUAGGCUACCGCGCCUCAGCAAAGAAGGCUCAGAUCUGCAAGUCAGAGGUAACUUACCUGGGUUACUUACUGAGAGGGGGGCAACGCUGGCUAACGGAUGCCUGGAAGGAGACUGUCCUUCGUAUUCCCAGACCGCAGACACCACGACAGGUGAGGGAAUUCCUAGGGUCAGCUGGGUUCUGCAGACUAUGGAUACCAGGGUUUGCUGAAUUAGCAAAGCCUUUAUACCAGGCAACAAAAGAUCAACAGCCCUUUAGCUGGACGGAAGAAGCCGAACAGGCCUUCCAACAAAUUAAAACUGCUCUGCUAUCAGCACCUGCCCUGGGACUCCCCGAUGUCUCCAAACCCUUCCACCUAUAUGUAGAUGAAAACCGAGGCAUAGCUAAGGUGGUGCUAACCCAGCAUUUGGGCCCUUGGCGCAGGCCAGUAGCCUAUCUGUCUAAAAAGCUAGAUCCAGUGGCCGCCGGAUGGCCACCCUGUCUCCGGAUGAUUGCAGCCACUGCCCUAAUGGUAAAGGACGCUGAUAAGCUGACCAUGGGCCAAGAGCUACAAGUCACCACCCCGCAUGCCUUCGAGGGCAUCCUCAAGCAGCCGCCUGACCAAUGGCUGAGCAAUGCCCGACUCACUCAUUACCAGGGACUGCUGUUGAACCCCCUCAGGGUCAUCUUCACCCCCUCAACGGCCCUGAACCCAGCAUCACUGCUGCCAGACCCGGACAUGGGAACCCCACUUCAUGACUGCGCCGACAUACUGGCUCAAGUUUAUGGGGUCCGGGAGGACUUGCAGGACCAACCAUUAUCGGAUGCGGACGCCAUCUGGUUCACCAAUGGAAGCAGCUUCGUUCACCAGGGACAAAGGUAUGCAGGGGCGGCCGUAACUUCAGAAACCGAGGUGGUUUGGGCAGAAGCCCUACCCCCCGGAACCUCGGCCCAGAAGGCUGAACUAAUAGCCUUAACCCAGGCCCUAAAAUUAGGAAGAGACCGCAAGCUAACCGUGUACACUGAUAGCCGAUAUGCCUUUGCCACUGCUCAUAAGACAACCGACCCAGUUUCCCGGGGCAACAAUUUGGCCGAUCAGACUGCAAAAAACAUAGCUCGGCCCCCAGCGCAAUUACUGACCCUACAGCUGCCAGACCCUGGACCCCGGGAAUUGCCCCCCAAUAAACUAGGAUGGCAAGUUCUAGAGCGGAUCCAUUGCAGCACCCACUUAGGUUCCCGGUGAAUGUUGGACUUACUGAGACAGACUGGACUAAAAAUCAGAAAUGUCUCUGAUAAGGUCGAUCAAGUAGUCACUAAAUGUACAGUGUGCCAACUCAACAAUGUGAGUAGCAAUCCUCAGACAACAGGGGUAAGACGAAGAGGGAGCAGACCGGGGACCUAUUGGGAAGUAGAUUUCACUGAGGUAAAACCAGGAAAAUAUGGAUAUAAGUAUUUGCUAGUUUUUGUAGAUACCUUUUCAGGAUGGACUGAAGCCUUUCCAACCAAGAAUGAAAUGGUGCAGAUUGUAGCCAAAAAGAUCCUAGAAGAAAUCCUGCCCAGGUAUGGUUUUCCAGUAAUGAUAGGGUCAGACAAUGGACCUGCAUUCAUCUCUAAGGUAAGUCAGGGACUGGCUUCCAUACUUGGGGCUGAUUGGAAAUUACAUUGUGCAUACCGACCCCAAAGUUCAGGACACAUAGAGAGAAUGAACAGAACAUUAAAAGAGACCCUAACCAAAUUGACCAUGGAGACUGGUGCUAAUUGGGUAGUCCUUCUCCCCUACGCUCUGUUCAGGGUGUGUGACUCCCCAUACAAACUGGGACUCACACCCUAUGAAAUAAUGCAUGGUAGACCACCCCCCAUCAUCCCUAACCUAAAAGAUGACCUUGUCAAAACUGAGAACGAUAAUGGUCUUGAACUCUUGCUCUCCCUACAAGACUUGCAGAGGGUCCAUGAAGAUGUAUGGCCCAAAUUAAAAGAACUUUAUGAAACUGGACCCCUGCCUAUUCCUCAUCAAUUCCGACCCGGGGAUUGGGUCCUUGUCAAACGUCAUCGGCAGGAGACUCUGGAACCCAGGUGGAAAGGACCCUUCCAGGUCAUCCUGACAACGCCUACGCCCAUCAAAGUAGACGGAAUCGCCGCCUGGAUCCAUUACACCCACGCCAAACCGGUGGACCCGUUCUCAGACCUCAUCGGACCCUCAAAGACAACCUGGACCGUUGACCGAACUAAGGACAAUCCUUUAAAAUUGACCCUAUGCCGCCAACGGACUGAGCCGUAA